AUGUCUCGCGCUCAGGUCCAGAAGCAAUCCCCCGGCGGUGGCUGCGUCGUCAUGAAGUCUCCCAUCCCCAACGGCUGCGUGGUCACCCGCACCCCCGGCGCCGAGUGCAACAUCAUGAAGCGCUCUCCCGGCGGUGGCUGCGUCCUCAUGAAGUCCCCCGGUGGCGGCUGUGUCGUCAUGAACCGUGAGUACCACCUACUCUCCAAUAACGACCGAUAUACUGACAAUGUCUUCAUGGAUAGCCGCUGA